AUGCCGAAAAUUGGUACUCAUAAUGGGACAUUUCAUUGUGAUGAGGUUAAAAUUUUAUCACUCUUCUACCUUCCUAGAAAACGAAUUGACAGGACACGUGAUGAGAAAAUUUUAAAUGAUUGUGAUAUUUUGGUUGAUGUUGGAGGGAAAUACGAUCAUGCUACUAGGAGAUACGACCAUCAUCAAAGGGACUUCGUUCAUACCAUGAGUUCAUUAAAAGUUUUACAUUACAACACCAAAUUAAGUUCAGCUGGUCUAAUUUAUGCCCACUUUGGUAAGCGUGUCAUUAAUGAACUACUUAAAAUAUCUCCUUCUGAUCCUGUAGUCGAUAUUUUAUAUCGAAAAAUGUAUGAGAUAUUUGUUGAAUCUGUCGAUGCAAUAGAUAAUGGAAUUUCUCAAUAUGAUGGCGAGCCGAGGUAUUAUUUGGGUGGUACCUUAUCUUCUCGAGUUUCAAUAUUGAAUCCUGCGUGGAAUGAAGAUAAAGGCAUUGAAAAUGAAAGAUUCAUGGCUGCACUAAAAUUAGUUGGAGUAGAAUUCACUGAAAGAGUCGAGUAUCUUGCCAAAUCUUGGUUACCAGCACGUGACUUUGUUGUGAAUGCCAUCAAUAGUCGUUUUGACGUAGACAAAAGUGGUCAAAUAAUAUAUCUGAAAAAUGGUAAUGUGCCGUGGAAAAGUCAUUUUUUUUCUAUUGAGAAAGAGUUGAAGCUGGGAGACAGAGGGAUUACUUACGUCAUAUUUGCAGAUUCAUGUUCUUCCACAAAUUUUAAGGUGCAAGCUAUACCAGUCAGUAAAAUUCCAUAUUCCAGAGUGCCUUUGCCUGAUGAAUGGCUUGGUCUUCGUGAUGUUUUAUUGUCAGAAAAAGCAAAAAUACCUAAUUGUAUUUUUGUUCAUUCAACGGGUUUCAUUGGAGGCAACACAACAUUUGAAGGAGCAGUUCAAAUGGCCAAGAAAUCGUUAUCUCUUGCUGGAAAAUAUAGAGCCUAA